UGUCGCUCACACCGCUUACGUUGCCGCGUGCUUUCGUUUCUUUUAUUUCCAUCGACAGCGGUAAUAUUUGCCGGGUAUUGUCGCCAAGAUUGCUAUAGUUUUGCCAGUGACAAUGGGUGUGGAACUGCGUGUGUUUUAGCCGACGACUGCAUAAUAGUGCCUGUUGACGUAUCUGUAAUGUACUGCUUGUCUUCUUUUAACUGCAACAGACAUUGAUCUCCAGCUGUCAGUAGUAGAAGGAGGCCAGUGACCGGGGCUCAAAUUGGGAAGUUGGUAGCUUUUAGCUGCAUGCUUUUUGUCAUUUAAGCAACGGGUACUUUGUACUUGCGUUUAUACGACGUCUAAAGGGUGUCCACAGAGUAUGAUGUCCAACUGCAGUUGGAAACCUUUUGUUUAUGGAGGUUUAGCAUCCAUUACUGCAGAAUGUGGUACUUUUCCAAUUGAUUUGACUAAGACACGCUUACAGGUUCAGGGUCAAAUUACAGAUGCAAAAUAUAAAGAAAUAAAAUACAGGGGGAUGAUCCAUGCUUUAGUACGAAUAUGCAGAGAGGAAGGAUUGAAAGCUUUGUAUUCUGGGAUAGCCCCUGCAAUGUUACGUCAGGCAUCAUAUGGCACUAUAAAGAUUGGCACAUAUCAAAGUUUGAAGAGAUUAUUUGUUGAACGGCCUGAAGAUGAAACUUUGGUGAUCAAUGUACUGUGUGGUAUUCUUUCUGGAGUCAUUUCAUCAUCAAUUGCUAAUCCUACAGAUGUAUUAAAGAUAAGGAUGCAGGCUCAAGGUCGUGUUCUUCAAGGAGGAAUGAUUUAUAAUUUUAUUGAUAUUUAUCAACAAGAAGGCACACGUGGACUGUGGAAGGGAGUGUCCCUUACAGCUCAGAGAGCUGCCAUUGUUGUCGGAGUGGAGCUGCCUGUGUACGACAUCACCAAGAAGCACAUAAUCAUGUCUGGAUUGUUGGGUGACAAUGUUUAUACGCAUUUCAUCUCCAGUUUUACCUGUGGAUUGGCAGGGGCGCUUGCUUCAAAUCCCAUUGAUGUUGUAAGAACACGUAUGAUGAAUCAGAGAGCUCUACAAGAUGGAAAGACUUGCGUCUAUGGGGGAACAAUAGAAUGUUUCUUACAGACUUGGAAGAAUGAAGGAUUUUUUGCAUUGUACAAGGGAUUUUGGCCAAACUGGCUACGACUUGGCCCAUGGAAUAUCAUUUUCUUUCUGACAUAUGAACAGCUGAAGAGAUUAGAUUUGUGAGCAGUACUACCUUUGAAAAUAGGAGUGAUGUGGCAGAUAUUUUCAACUGGAGUCUGGCAUUUCUGUGAUACUUCAGCUUGGAAAGAGUUUCCAAUAUCAGAAGUACUCCGUGAAUGCAACUAGCAAAAGCCAGUCAAGUUUCCUUGAGACAUACAAUGGUGAAAGAAAGACGUCCAGUAAUUUUACUGAACUUGUAUAUUUGUAAAUUGUGCAAAGAGAGAGCACCCACAUUUUGUACGUUUUUAAACAACUGCAGGAAAACUGGAUGUAUUUUAAUUGUACAAGACAUUUUCAUGUGUUUGUUUAUAUGGGUGUGCACUGAGUAAGCCUGUACUUAAUAUAUUUAGGUACAUUGAGAAAUUACCAGUAUCCUUUGAAAGCUCUUGAAAACAGCAUUUAAGGUAAGAUUUUGACAUGCUUUCUUUACAUAAAACAUAAGACAUUGUUACUGUCAUUUUUAUAAGACAGGAAGUAAUUACAUAAAAUAUGCCCUGAAGGUAGAAGCAGGAUCACAAAUAUGGGUGGAAAAUUAUAACCCUGGUCUGUGCAGUUGGUUCAAAGCUGCUGCUCCUAUAUAUGAUGUUUUUUUCUUGCAUUCUGUGAUAUCCUUUUACAACAUUGUUUCCCUGCAAGAAAUGAUAAGAAUAGAAGGUAAAAUACACCAAUUAUUGUGCCUUUUACUUGUUGUUGGUGGCAGUGGACUUUGCAAACAUGGGUACAAGUUUGUAGAGGGAAAAUGAGGAGAUAAAGAACAUAGUCAAGGCAUCCUGGAUUGGUUUGUCAUACCUAAAUGCCCUUAUUACAAAAGGGAUGUUAGAUGACUUAUGAGAAGUCACUACUUCGUAGCUCUUACUGAGUAAUAUCAGAGUAUAUCUGAUAACUAAGUUACGUCCCUGUUAGUUGUGCCCUUCAAGAUGCCAAAGGUGAAUAAUUAUUGAAUAAAUAUUUUAAAUUUGAACUUCUGACUAGAUACUUGUUGAUUUAUCCUUCUGUAACAGUGUAAGGGGCAUUAAUGGAUACUUUUGAUAAAUGUACUUAAAGCUAGGCUGUGCCUUGAAGGUUUCAGUACUCUUUUUGUUACUUGUUCCUGUAUUAAGCUUUGAAACUUUGUUCACAAGAUGCUUAAUUUUCUUCCCCAAGUAGUGUGUUCAGUUGUUUAAAAUGUUGUUUUAGAAGAGACAUGAAGGUGAUACGAUGAUAUUCACAGAGGGUGAACAUGACUGUUUACUGAAACAUAAAGAUGACUGCCUAUAUUCUUCCUGUACAGAUUGAUAUAUUUGACAUGGUGGGAAUGGUGAAAAGCAGAAACCUUUUUUAUUUAUUUAUUUUUUCAUUUUAAACUGCAUCUAAGUUAAGAAGCAUCAGAACUAUCUCUUGAAUGCCACUGUUUCGUUUAUCAGAGGUCAGACUGUUCAGUCUAAUGUAGUUCUAGUGAAAACCAACAAUCCAUGACAAAAAGCACUUGUAAUUUGUGAAAGUGAGUAUCUGUUCCCAUGGAGUGAUUUUUUUUCUUUACUAACAGUGUACAAGUAAAAAGGAUUAUGUAAA